AUAAAAGCCGUCUGAAGGUUUACGCACAAGUAAACGGUAUCAGGCACCGAGAGAGAACGAAUAGGAAUCUGACCGUAAUACAUUAGGGCCACCGGGUAUCAUUCACAAUCCAUCUGUCGCCCGGAUUAUUUGACGCUUUUGUUUGUCCAGGAUGGAGCUGAGAUGUUCGUGGUGUGUUCUGGUUCUGAGUAGCCUCCUCCAGACUCUCUCAGCCCACAGUGACUUCUUCACGUCUAUAGGCCACAUGACCGAUCUCUUGUACACUGAAAAGGACCUGGUCACCUCAUUGAAGGACUACAUCAGAGCAGAGGAGAACAAACUGGAGCAGGUCAAACGUUGGGCUGAGAAGCUGGACUCUCUGACCACCACGGCCACCCUGGACCCCGAGGGCUUCCUGGGGCACCCGGUCAACGCCUUCAAGCUGAUGAAGAGACUGAACACUGAGUGGGGCGACCUUGAGAACCUGGUGCUCAAGGACACAUCGGACGGGUUCAUCUCUAACCUGACCCUCCAGAGACAGCACUUCCCCACAGACGAGGACCAGACCGGGGCUGCCAAAGCCCUGCUCAGACUGCAGGACACCUACAGGCUGGACGCCAACACCAUCUCCACUGGAGACCUGCCUGGCGUGACCUAUAAGAGCCCCAUGACAGUGGAGGACUGUUUUGAGUUGGGGAAGAUUGCCUACACAGAGGUGGACUACUACCACACAGAGUUAUGGAUGGCUCAGGCCCUCAAACAGCAGGACCAGGGCGAGGAGUCGCCCAUAGACAAGGUCCUGGUGCUGGACUAUCUCAGCUACUCUGUCUACCAGCAGGGGGAGCUGGAGAGAGCUCUGGAGCUCACCAAGAGACUGCUUUCUCUAGACCCAGAUCAUCAGAGGGCCAACGGAAACUUGAAGUACUUUGAGUUCCAGCUGGAGAAACAGAGGACGGCAUCCGCUGACAAGCCCCCGAAACAGGACAAGAAACAGGGAAGGAACGAGACUGAAGGAGCCCUCAGGAAGAAGCGCUUCAGAGAGCCCCUGCCUGAGAGGAAGAUGUACGAGAAACUGUGUCGAGGGGAGGGCAUCAGAAUGACACCCCGCAGGCAAAGCCGCCUGUUCUGCCGUUACUACGACAACCACCGUAACCCCAUGUACCUUCUCGGCCCGGUGAAGCAGGAGGACGAGUGGGACCGCCCCUACAUCGUCCGUUACCAUGACAUCAUCUCCCACAGCGAGAUCGAGAAGGUCAAGGAGCUUGCCAAGCCAAGGCUAAGGCGCGCCACUGUGCAUGACCCCCAAACUGGGAAGCUCACCACAGCCAUGUACAGAGUCUCCAAGAGUGCUUGGCUGACUGGGUACGAACACCCAGUGGUGGACAAGAUCAACCAGAGGAUUGAAGACCUCACAGGUCUGGAGAUGGACACUGCUGAGGAGCUGCAGGUAGCGAAUUAUGGUGUGGCAGGGCAGUACGAGCCCCACUUUGACUUUGGGAGGAAAGAUGAGCCUGAUGCAUUCAAAGAGCUGGGCACAGGCAACCGCAUAGCAACUUGGCUCUUCUACAUGACUGAUGUUGCUGCUGGAGGUGCUACAGUAUUUCCUGAUGUAGGGGCUGCUGUUUGGCCCAAAAAGGGUACAGCGGUGUUCUGGUACAACCUGUUUCCCAGUGGGGAGGGAGACUACAGCACAAGACAUGCUGCCUGUCCUGUACUAGUGGGCAACAAGUGGGUAUCAAACAAAUGGAUCCAUGAAAGAGGACAGGAGUUCAGACGUCCCUGUGGUCUGGUAGAGACCGAAUGAUGAAGGGGGACGUCCCCCCCCCCCCUUUCUCCAUUGUGUUACACUCCUCGUAUCCAACAAUCAUUCUUGAUAACCGCCACACACACACCAGGAGCUAAGAGCCCGCUGCUGCAGACGACAGGUCUUAAGGGCCCUUCUCCUCCCCCCCCCCCCCCCCCCCCACACACACACACACUCCCUGUGUUGUGUGACCAGGGUUGAUGUGGGUUUUGCCAGCCUUCCAGUUGGUACCAGAAUUGUUAUUCACCCGAAUGAUGCAUGUAUGUGCCUUUAGAGAAUCUGAAGUGCACAGCUCACAUGGAAGUGUGGACUGCAGGUUGUUUAGGUAAGGUGAAAGGGUCCGUCUGUGCAACUGUAUCCUCUAUGCAACUGUGCUCACAGAAGGGAGAUUUGGAAAAUCCCAGUGUGCUUCUGUGAUUAGGUCAUUGUUCUCAUUGGCUCCACUGCAGUUUAUGCCAUUAAAUUCUGAUCAAGCACACCAUGUACAGCCACACACACAAACAACUCACACAGGAAAGGAAUAUUGCAAAAGGGGUAUUAAAAAUAGACUUUCAAGGUAGACCAAAGAACAUACUGCCAAAUGACUUUUGUGGUCUUGAAUGCUGUUGACCUAAAAUCCAGAGGUUUGACCCUACAUUCUUACCACGUUAUCUAGAAGCUUGCAAGGAAAACCAUAUUUAAUUUAUAUCUCACAACUUUUUGUUUGCCCGCCUUUUGCGAUUUAUUUUUUGAAGUGUGAACGUAAUGUUUUCUAAAAUAAAGUAUAUUUCAUUGAUAAGAAU